CUUCUUCACUAGGCUGUGCUGCGGGCAUGCGCACUGGGCGUCCCAGCGCCGCCGCCCAUCAGCUGAGAAUUGGCCCUAGGGGUUCUGGGGCCCGUGGGAGACAGUGACCGAAGGAGGCGGAGGAGGAAGCUGAGGAGGUCAAGGUGACUGCUUAGAGAACUACACAGUCCACCCGCAUCUGUUGAAAUUGGUGAAUAGACCAGCCAUGUCUUACACUCCAGGAAUCGGUGGCGAUCCUGCCCAGCUGGCCCAGCAUAUCUCUUCCAACAUCCAAAAGAUCACCCAGUGUUCUGUGGAAAUACAAAGAGCUCUGAAUCAACUUGGAACACCUCAAGAUACACCCGAAUUGAGGCAACAGCUGCAACAGAAGCAGCAGUAUACUAACCAACUUGCCAAAGAAACAGAUAAGUACAUUAAAGAGUUUGGAUCUCUGCCCACCACCCCCAGUGAACAGCGUCAAAGGAAAAUACAAAAAGAUCGCUUAGUGGCUGAAUUUACAACAUCACUGACAAACUUCCAAAAAGUCCAGAGGCAAGCUGCUGAGAGAGAGAAAGAGUUUGUUGCUCGAGUAAGAGCCAGUUCCAGAGUAUCUGGUGGUUUUCCUGAAGAGAGCUCAAAAGAAAGGAAUCUCGUAUCCUGGGAAAGCCAAACUCAACCUCAAGUACAGCUGCAGGAUGAAGAAAUCACAGAAGAUGACCUCCGCCUUAUUCAUGAGAGAGAGUCUUCCAUCAGGCAACUUGAAGCCGAUAUUAUGGAUAUUAAUGAAAUAUUUAAAGAUUUGGGAAUGAUGAUACAUGAACAAGGAGAUGUGAUAGACAGCAUAGAAGCCAAUGUAGAAAGUGCCGAGGUCCAAGUUCAGCAAGCCAACCAGCAGCUAUCACGGGCAGCAGAAUAUCAGCGCAAAUCCAGAAAAACCCUGUGCAUCAUCCUCAUUAUCGCUGUCCUGGGAGUUCUGGUUAUUGGUCUCAUCAUCUGGGGACUGCACAGCUAAGUUUAUCCAGGAGUACACUGUUGCACUACAUUCUCUAAAUUAUGUGGGAAGAUUCCUGUAAUUAUGGGUUUUUUAAUUAUUAUUUUAAAGCUAUCGUGAAAAGGAUGGUUCCCAUACUUUAUUAUUUUCACAAGGGGGUUCCUUUGGAUUAAAUCUGAUAUUUUCUAAUAAUGAAA